AUGAACCAAGAGGAGGAGGACCAACAAAUAGAGGAAGUGUGCUAUAUGAGUAAUCAGGGAGGUUACUACAAAGGUUACAACACGAACAACAACACGAACCUCUCUUACCAAAGCACCAAUGUAGAAAAUCCACAAGAUCAGGUCUACCCACCUCAGCAAAACCAAAAUCAAGGGGGCCAACAAACGGUUUACUUCAAGCGUGGUUACCCACCAAAAGUUUUUGGAAAUCAGAACCAAGGUUCAACUCAAGCCCAAGCUAGGAGCAACUCGAGUCAGGACUCAGAUAUGAAGACCAUGCUUCAACAGCUGAUCAAUGGCCAAGCAAGCAGCGAUACUGAGCUCAACACCAAGUUGGCAGAAAUUAACAACAAGGUAGACUGCUCCUAUAAUGAUCUCAACAAGAAGUUGGAAUCUUUGAACUCAAAGGUCCAACACUUGGAAGCUAAUAGCCACAACACACCUUCCUCUUCAAAAGGAAUGCUUCCUGGAAAAGCAAUCGCAAACCCAAAGGAGUAUGUACAAGCAAUUACUCUAAAGAGUGGGAGAGUCCUUCCGGUGAGAGUGGUACCAUCACGACGCAACGAGGACGUUGCGAUUCAAGAGGAGGAGGAAGGAGAUAGCUCAGUCAAUGAUGAGAAGCACAAGAAGGAGAUCAAAACAUUGAAUGACAAGCUUGACAAGAUCUUGACUGGCCAGCAAAAGCAAGUUCACUUUGUUUGUGAGGAUGAUGUGAACCAAGAGGAGGAGGACCAACAAACUGAGGAAGUGUGCUAUAUGAGUAAUCAGGGAGGUUACUACAAGGGUUACAACACAAACAACAACACGAACCUCUCUUACCGCAGCACCAAUGUGGAGAAUCCACAAGACCAAGUCUACCCACCUCAACAAAACCAAAAUCAAGGGGGCCAACAAACUGUUUACUUCAAGCGUGGUUACCCACCAAAGGUUUUUGGAAUCAGAACCAAGGCUCACUCAAGCUCAAGCAGGGAGCAACUCAAGUCAAGAUCAGAUAUGAAGACCAUGCUUCAACAAUUAAUCAAGGGCCAAACAAGUGGUGCUACUGAGCUAACACCAAGCUAG